AUGUUGCGGCCGGCCACUCCGCUGUCGAUCCUGCUGUUUGCGGCCUUUGCGCUGCUUCUGCUCGCCGUUCUUUCUACUCCCGUAAUUGAGGUCAUCCCGCUGAGCGAUUUCGAUGGCAUCAAAUACGGUGUAUUUGGCUACUGCGAGAGUGGCAAGGGAUGCAGUAACAUUGGCAUUGGAUAUGACACUGAAAAACUAGUUGGGGACAAUACGCAAGCCUUUGACUUGCCUUCUGGCGUUCGCAACACGCUCUCAGCUAUCCUCGUCGUUCACCCAGUUGCUGCACUCAUCACACUUAUCUUGUUUAUCAUGGCAGCUGUGUCUCACCUUCAUUCUCCGUCUCAUUCCACGAGAUUCCUACUCAUCCUGUUCAUCUUUCUAUUCCUUGACUUCUUGAUUUGCCUUUUGGCGUUCUUGAUUGAUGUACUCCUAUUUGUUCCGCACCUGGCAUGGGGCUCAUAUCUGGUUCUCGCUGCCACCAUCUUGGUGGCCAUGAGCGGCCUGGUAACCUGCGCGAUGCGCCGCACUCUGAUCAGCAGGAAAGACCGGCAGAGGCGCAUCGCCGAGAAUGCCGAGAUGAGCGGCGAAAAUUACUACAACAGGGCUGCUCAGAACAAACCGGCUGAGGAGGUGGGUGUUACUAGACAGCCGACUUUGCCAACGGUGAGUGGUGGCAAUGGUGUUCACGACAAUCUCCCCGCUUUCGCGAGCUUUGAGCAGCACGCGAAGAACGACCAGACCAGCGAAGAAAACAUCCCACUCACUCGCCGAACCACAUCGAAUCGAUCUCCGGUGCCAAUCAAUGAGGCCGCGAGCGUGGGAGAGGUUGCCGCCUUCAACAGAAGCCCACAGAGGCAACCCUCGCGUGAUCAGUUUGGAAACCCCAUCAACGAUGUUCCUGACCCGUACGCGAGUCGGAGAGGACCUUCACCCAGCAUGAGUACCCGUGGAAGAGGAGGUGGUGGAAGCUAUCGUGGUGGACGAGGAGGUUAUGGACGUGGUGGAUACGACAACUACGGGGCCCCAAUGCGUGGCCGUGGAGGCUAUGGAUCUGUUGGAAGGGGCGGAUAUGGUCCUAGGGGAGGUCGAGGAGGAUAUGGACCGCCGCCCAGGGGAGCCUAUGGCAGCAUGAGGGGAGGUCGCACGCCACCUCCUGGAUACAACAACGGGCAGUACGAGCGGGGACCAUCUCCUGCCCAGGCCUAUGGUGUUUAUGACAACCAGCCAUCGGAUCUUUCCAAUGGAUACAACUCGACGAACCCUUCGAUGCCCAGCGUCAACACGGUCUCAUACACGGCCUACACUCCCGACUCAGCUUUGCCGCGCGCCGAAUCCCCCCCUCCUUUGCCAGGAACUCAGCCUGCCACGAUAGGCGGCCAGGCAAUCGAGAUGGAUGCAGCUCCGACGGCUCAACGCGAAGAAGCAAACGGACAGUUGAGAGAUAGUGAUGCGGAUGUGGCUGGAAUGGUUGGCCUGCAACAGGGGCGAAUCCCACAGCGACAUGAUACCUACAUGAGCGAUGGAAGCAAGUACAGCACCGAUGAGCAAUAUGCUCCUCCCCGAGCGGCAUGGAACCAAGGCGACGGCCGCAGUUCGCCACGCGCCCCAUCCCCUCUGGUGACUGGCCCUUCAGCGGCUGAGCUUCCUGGCAGAAACACACCUCCAGUUACGCAGCAGGCCAUGACGGGCGGAAACAGUAACUAUUAUGAAGACGUCGAUCCUCGCUUUGCGUCCAACACGCCUCCUGGCACAUCCUCCAACAACCUUCAACCCCCUCCCAUCGAACCUAUUUAUGAAGAUAUUCAUGCCAACAACCCAGGCGCCCGAAGUCCUGCCGAGUCUGAACGCUCCAACUUCACCUCUAUUUCUCAACGCGGCAUCAACCCUCGCUGGAACCCGAACCCACCACCCCCGAUGCCAUACCAACAGGUACCACAGAGACGACCAGUAAACCAGCAGCAGCAACGCCAAGACAUGAUCCUGGACAACCCGGACUUUCAGCUGCCCAACGCACGAAGUGGGCGAGGUCCUGGAAUGGUGCCAGGGAGUGCAUAUCCGCCAGGCGGCUUCUAG